AUGAGGCUGACUCCAGCGGAAGAGGGGACGCUGGAGCAACUGACGUAUCAGAACAUGAAACCACGCGACAUUCUUACUAUCAUUAAAGAACUGAACCCCGAAAAUCUCUCAACAAGAAAUACCAUAUACAACGCACGAGCCAAAUUGGGUCGAAUGGGGCAAGUCGGCGAGACUCCAAUGCAGAUACUUUUCCACCGGCUAAAGACAGUUGGGUUUGUUUUCUUCCACAAAACAUCUGAAAACGAUGAAAGGGUGCAAGAUGUUUUCUUUAUCCACCCAGAGUCAAACAGGUUGUGGCGCGCCUUCCCGCAUGUGUUGCUUACUUGCUUAUAG